CCCCCACCCCCACCCUGGUCUGCCAGGACGAGGUUGCAGAUGGAGGCCAUUCACAGGCAGGGCAUCUGGGCAGCUGAGACCCUGCAGGGAUGGCUGGGGGGGCUGCAGGGGGCUGUGCUGUUCCUCAGUUGGUUGGGGGAUCCCAAAACCUCCUUCCUCGUCUGCUUCCCUGUGGCUUAUGCCCUGAACAAAAGAGUCGGGGUCUGUGUGCUGUGGACUGCCAUCCUCACGGAAUGGCUGAACCUCACUUGCAAAUGGCUGAUGUUUGGAGAGAGACCGUUUUGGUGGAUUCACGAAUCGGGAGUUUACAUUGAACCACAUCUGCCCCGGACACAGCAGUUUUUCUCCACAUGUGAAACCGGACCAGGAAGUCCCUCGGGCCAUGCCAUGGUUACAGCUGGCACCUGGUGGGUUAUGAUGACCAGCUUUUCCAACUUCCUGCGCAGUCGCACGGGCAGCUGGUUAACAUCGAGCAUCCCGAUCCUGCUGUACCUCACGCUGCUGUUGGGCAUCGGCAUUUCCCGAAUAUUCAUCCUGGCUCACUUUCCUCAUCAGGUUCUGGCCGGAACCGUCACAGGCGCUGCCCUCAGCUUCCUGUUAACCAAACGUGUCCCUGAGAAUAAGAGCUUCCUCUAUUACGCUGCUACUUCGGGGGGUCUCCUGCUCACUGCCUUGGGCUUGCACGGGCUGCUGCAGUACCUAGGAAUGGACCUUUCCUGGUCAAUCGUCCUGGCCACCAAGUGGUGUGCCCGACCUGACUGGAUCCGGCUGGACACUGCACCUUUCACAUCGCUGAGCAGGGAUGCGGGGGCAGCGCUGGGGCUGGGGCUGGGCUCGUCGUUGUUAUCCAGCGCACAGGAGGAGAGACAGAGCUGGGGGGUGAAAGCCGCCAGCUCAGCCCUCGCUCUGUUCCUCCUCAGAGUCCUGGAUCAGGUCCCGGGGCCCACACACUCCAAACUCCUCUUUUACGCCGUGAGCUACCUGAAGAACGCACUGGGUCCCUUCACCGUGAUGGCUGUCAUCCCUUGGCUCAUGCGAUCCCUUGCCGGAAACCAGGCGACUAAGAAGAAACAGUAGACCAAACAAAAAAAUUACAUUGGUAUAUAGCGCCUACAUCGAGAGGACUUCCCAAGACGCUGAAACACUCUCACCACAUCUCAGUCCACUCCAGCACAUUAUUUUUUGAUGGUCACCCCACGUGGAGAUCUAUCUAUCGUCAAGCACAACGUUAGCGGAAUACUGUAUGAGCAAAUCAGCAAAGGAGAGUGGUUGGGAGAUUUAUUUUGCUACAAAACAGGAGCAUAUUAGGACAUGAGCAGCUCCAACUUAACACUGUUCUUAACUCUGUGAGGCCGUUGCAUCUCAAAACCUACAAUGAACUGUGGGAAAGUCUUCAAUCUGGUCUUAAUUCUUCCUAAGAGAGUUCAGGCUGAGUUGCAGAAUUUUUUUUUAACGAAUUUCUUAAUUGUUUAAAUCCCCCCCCCCCCCACAAAAAAGGCCUCACAGGUUUAAGUUUUCACUUAAAUUCAGCGACGGUUUUUGCUUCAACCACAGUUUCCUGCCGUGUGUUCCACCCUCUCACCGCCCUGUUUUUUUUUGGUGAGCCGUCAUCAUCGUUCCCAGCAUCAUCCUGAAGAGUGUCCAAACCAAGCUGAGAAUUCCAUGAAUCCCACCUACGCAUGGAAAUUCCACAGAUAUAUUAUUGGAUUGGAAUUCGCUCUCUCUCCCCCCCUCUCUCUCUCUCUCUCUCUCUCUCCCCCUGGAAGGACGCAUUGUGCUUAC